GGGAACCCACAGGCAUGUUUGCUUCUAACGUCAGCCGUAACUGAAAGUUAAUUUUGCAGAAACAAUUUAUUUCGCUGCUAGCCAAUGCUAGCUGAUUUGUGCUGUCAAACCUGUUCCACCACACCUGUGCGAUAUGGCGGAACGGGGCGCACACCUCACCACAGCUGCUACAGACGAAGGACCCUCGAUUUUUGAAGUCCUCGCCCAAGACACAUUGAUGGGCGCUGUCAGACCUGCCUUGCAACAUGCAGUGAAGGUUCUGGCAGAGUCUAACCCUUCGCGCUAUGGAUUCCUCUGGCGGUGGUUUGAUGAAAUCUACUUAACUCUUGAUUUGCUGCUGCAGCACCAUUUCCUGUCCAGGACUAGCGCCUCCUUUUCGGAGAAUUUCUAUGGUCUGAAACGCGUGGUAACCUCGGGACCUGGGAGACCAGCUCAUCUCGGGCUCCCCCGAAAGCAACGACUGCGCUCGCUGCUUCUCCUUGCACUUGUGCCAUACCUGCGGGCCAAGCUGGAAAAUAUUUUAGCCAGACAGAGGGACGAGGACGAUUUCUCUAUCCAGCUGCCCCAGUCAGCCUGCCGCCGGAUGUACAGGGCUUUCCUGGCUGCCUAUCCGUUCGUCAGCACAGCCUGGGAGGGCUGGGUCUUCUGCCAACAGCUGCUCUACAUCUUUGGACGGACAUCGCGGCACUCGCCCCUCCUUUGGCUCGCUGGGGUCAAACUCAUGCACCUCAAUGCACAAGACAUCCGCAAUUUGGACCUGAAGCCCCAAAGCCCUCCCUCCGCCUCAAACCAAAGUGUUGGCCAGAGGCUCCAGGGGCUGUUGUCAACGGCAGUGGGUGGUGUAGCCGUGUCCCUCUCCACCAGCUUGUCGCUGGGAGUGUUCUUCCUUCAGUUCCUUGAAUGGUGGUACUCUUCAGAGAACCAGAGCACCAUAAAGUCUCUGACUUCCCUCCCCACACCACCUCCUCCGCUCCACCUUGACCGGGAGCAAACUGCGACGGCAGCAAACAAUAUCUGCCCCCUGUGUCACAACGUCCGUGUCAAUGACACCGCCCUGGCGACCUCUGGUUACGUUUUCUGUUACCGCUGUGUCUACGUCUACGUCAAAGCCCACCAACGGUGUCCACUGACCGGGUACCCCACAGAACUGCAGCACCUCAUCAAGAUUUACUCCCCAGAAGGGUAGUUGGGCAGUAGUUGGACAGUAUUUACCUCCCCUUUGGUUCUGCAGCCACAAUUCACAAAAAGUACAGUGCUAUAAUCUUGGAGCACUGCCUGCAGUCCAUCAGUUCACAUUGUCAGGGAUUGACAGGAAGGCUAGCGUGUUGCCCUGAACUGAGUGUAAGCUAGAUCUGUACACCAUCUUGUGAGGAAAUGUUGAGUGGGUGAGGUAUUCUGGGAGGCGUUUUCCAGAUUCCCACAGUCAUUUCCCUUUCCAGUUUUUUACAUUUAUUUGACAGUUAUUUCUUAUGCCCAGCAGCAGCAUUAACAGUACUUGUGGGCUCUCUAGUGUAGUUUCACAUCAUUUUCUAAUCGCACAUAAGAGAGAAGAAAUUACAUUUUAAUAUGUAUCUUGACAUGCUACUCAAAUUUUACAUCAAAUUAAAUGUGGUACUUUAAAGUACAGUGGUACUUUAAAUCAUAUGGCUAAUUAUCUUAGAGUUAGCCUACAUGUUAUACAAUCUGAAACUAGACUAAAGAAAAAAUUGUCCCAAAUGAUUUUUGGAUCUAAUAAUUUAUAUGUGUAUGACCAUGAGUGAAGUAUCAUCCUCUUCAAACGUAUGUCUUUAGAGUCCUCUUAAUUCCCCUGACAUCCAUAGGAACAAUCAAUUGGCCAUAAAAUACAUUAAGUCUAAUUAUUUUUAGUUAUUUACUGCCCACGGUAGACUGAAUGAGGCUAUGGUGGCCCAGCCACUGGUUUCGAGUUAAGCUUGACUUGCAUAGGAUCGGACUUGGAACGCAAAGCCACUUCUACUAGAGUCAAUUACCAAGGCAUUUCCUGCCAAAAAAUAACGUUCCUGUUUUGGCUGUGGCUUUGUUUGCGGAAGGGUCUGAAAGAAAGCCCAACGAUGCCCAGGGGCUUAGUUUCCCAUGAGUGUUGUUCUUAUUCUGAGGCUUCAGUCUCUGGACAUUUCCUAAAAUUAGACUAAUUUCUCUUUACUGCCCAAUGUGAAAUGCUCAUUGUAGAGCAUUUGUUUAACACAAAUUGUUAAACAUCCUCUACAGCCUUUCAUUUUGUUGUAAUUAUUUAAACAUUGACAAUGACAUAAUUUUUUAUAAAAUUUAUAAACAGGGGAAUUUUGAAAUGUACUAUUAGAUAUGUAAGUUUAUAAAUGAGACUGGAGUCUGAUAUGCUGACUGGAGUGUAUGUUCACUUCUGAUGGGUAACCCAUUAAAUUGUUGCAUACUGAUUGUUUAAAAUGUUAAUUGGAGUGUUAAGCAAAAGAUAUGGUCUCCCAGGCCAAAUGGCAGUGUGGUGGUGCAUCACUAUUUGCACUACACUCAACUUGAAUAUUUGGUCAUGUUUGGGGAUGAUUGCCAAUGUAUGAAGUAUCAUUUGGCUGCUGGGUGGCUCGUCCUGUUCUCGGUCAUGGUCGGCCCCACACACUGGUGUCAAACAUGGACUGCACUAGUUCUGAUUUAGUGUCAACCUCUGGGUGGGGGCAGCCAAAGAGGCUCUAACAGAGAGGUAGGCUGUAUCGGUUUCUGGAUUUCCUGCCAACUUCUUCUCAUUGGCCUCCACUGGCUUCCCAUUGCCGCACGCAUCCGUUUCAAGGCCCUAGUGUUGGCAUUUCAGGCUGCUAAGGGGACUGCCCCACCUUACAUACAAUCCCUGAUCACUCCCUACUCCCCAGCUAGACCACUCCGGUCUGCCAGCUCUGGUCCCUCUCUACGUGCACCUGGCAGUCGAGCUGCACGUUCACGCCUUUUUUUCCGUUCUGGUUCCUCAGUGGUGGAAUGACUUGCCUACCACUGUCAGAACAGCAGAAUCCCUCCCCCUAUUUCGACGCAGACUCAAAACCCACUUUAACCCCAACAUUUACACCAGCUGACAUUGUUGCUACAUUUCUUGAUAAUGCUGAAUCUGCCAAUCAAUUUAAUUCAUUAAUUUAUUAAUUAUCCUAACCCGCUUAUCCUGAACAAGGUCGCAGGGGGCUGGAGCCUAUCCCAGCAUACAUUGGGCGAAAGGCAGGAAUACACCCUGGACAGGUCGCCAGUCCAUCGCAGGGCACACACACCAUUCACUCACACACUCAUACCCACGGGCAAUUUAGACUCUCCAAUCAGCCUAACCUGCAUAUCUUUGGACUGUGGGAGGAAACCCAUGCAAAUACGGGGAGAAGAGAGGCCCUGGCUGACGGGGAUUCGAACCCAGGACUUCCUUGCUGUGAGGCGGCAGUGCUACCCACUGUACCAUUCGUGCCACCUGAAUGAUAAAUAUGUAUCAGCUAAUGUUAACACUAAUGAAUUGCUUACCAAAGAAUAAAUACACCCUGCAAAGAUACCUAACAACUUAGCAGCACAACCCAGAACUAGAGAGACUUGGGAGGCGGCUGAGCCGGCAUCUGGUGACUUUUGAGGGGCCACUGGCAUUGUGUCAACAUUUUAUUUAUGGCCUCUGACAGAACAAGCCCUCUUCCUGUCUAAAAUGUAUGAAGAUUGAACUGACCAGGAGAUGUUUUGCAAUGUGUUAAGCUGUGUAUUGUGCAUUGCUCUUCUGGACUGGAAUAUAACCAUAUUUCAUAUAUU